CAGCAUCCCUCAGCCUCCGCCCGCCUCUCUGGCUCUGUCUCUGUCCGAAGCGGAGAACACAGCGGGUCCGCAGACCAACAGGGUGGCAUUAAAAGAGGCACUGAGAAAGAGGGGCGAUGGCCGCUGGUGGAGGAUGUGGGGAAUCGGUGGAUCAGUACCGGGCCGAGGUGGAGAGGCUCACGCAGGAACUGGCCGAGGCCAACCGGGAGAAGAUCCGGGCUGCAGAGUGCGGUCUGGCCGUCCUGGAGGAGAACCUGGCGCUGAAGCAGAAGUAUGCGGAGCUGGAGACCGACCAAGAGACUCUCAGGAAGGAGUUGGAGCAGCUGCAGGAGGCAUUUGGCCAAGCCUACACCAACCAGCGUAAGGUAGCUGAGGACGGGGAGACCAAUGAGGAGACGCUGCUGCAGGAAUCAGCCUCCAAGGAGGCCUACUACACGGGUCGCCUGCUGGAACUGCAGACGGAGGCGACGCUAAGCCGUUCUGUGGCAUCCAAUGCUCAAGCAGAGAACGAGAGGCUCAAUGCACUUGUGCAGGAGCUACGAGAGAGCAACGAGAUGCUGGAUCUACAGCGGAGCAGGAUGAGGGAGGAGAUCAAGGAGUACAAGUUCAGAGAAACCAGGUUGCUUCAAGACUACACAGAGUUGGAGGAGGAGAACAUCACAUUGCAGAAGCUGGUGUCUACACUCAAGCAGAGCCAGGUGGAGUAUGAGGGACUAAAACAUGAAAUCAAGGUGCUGGAAGAGGAGACCGUCCUGCUCAACAGCCAGCUGGAAGAUGCAUUGCGCUUAAAGGAAAUCUCUGAGGGUCAGUUAGAAGAAGCUCUGGAUGCCCUCAAGAGUGAGCGUGAGCAGAAGAACAACCUGAGGAAGGAACUAGCCCACCACAUCAGCCUGACUGACAGCGUCUAUGGAGCAGGGACGCAUCUGACGCUCACUGUCACCGGAGUAGAGGGCCUCAAGUUUCCCGAGGAGACCAACGGGACCAACGGCAGCACCAACCCAGCUGCAAAUGGCAACAUUGAGGACAGCAACCGUUGCAACGGUCACAUCCACACCAAUGCAGGGCUAACUAAGAUGAGCGGGGACUACCGGGCAAGUCGGAAAGGGGAGGGCCUUGUGCCAGACCUGUUCAGUGAGCUUAACCUGUCCGAGAUACAGAAGCUCAAACAGCAGCUGCUGCAGGUGGAACGUGAGAAGGCAGCUCUACUUAUGAGCCUGCAGGAGUCGGAGACCCGGUUACAACACACACAGGGUGCCCUGACUGAGCAGAACGAGCGCGUCCAUCGCCUCACUGAGAGGGUGAAUGCCAUGAAACACGUAAAUGGAGACAAAGAGCUUGACGGCCCCCAAGAGAACGAGAAACCUGAUGGUGGUUCCUUAUCGCCAUCAGCCAACAGCCACCAUGAUCCUGAUAUCCACGGGUUUGAGAUUCUGGAGUGCAAGUACAAGGUGGCUGUGACAGAGGUUAUUGACCUGAAAGCAGAGCUCAAGGCCCUAAAAGAGAAGUACAACCAAGCAGUAGAGGGACAGGGCGACAGCCACAAUGACGACCGGGUCCAGGCCCUGAGUGUACAGGUGUUCCAUUUGGAGCGGAGCUGCCGCGACAGCCGGGAUAGGGUGGCGAGCCUGGAGGCAGAGCUCCGAGCAGCCUCAAGCACUGCGACAGAGAGCCAGGGCAUGCUGAAUGCAGCACAGGAUGAGCUGGUAACUUUCAGUGAGGAACUGGCUCAGCUCUACCAUCAUGUCUGUCUCUGCAACAAUGAGACACCGAACCGCGUCAUGCUGGACUACUAUCGCCAGAGUCGCAUCACACGCAGCGGCAGCCUCAAAGGCUCUGAAGAUCCGCGGGCUUUGCUGUCUCCUCGUCUGGCACGACGCCUUGCUGCAGUAUCUGCAGCCUGUUCUUCUGAUUCCCCACGUAGUCCCAUGGACUCUCCAUCCAAAGAAAUCCACCACACUGAGACAACAUCCAACUCAGCUGACUCUUCAUCCUGCCAUGGCAGCCCGAACCGCAACCACACUGGAUCCCCUGCCAUCAGCAUCUCCCCUUGUCCAUCUCCCGUGCCCUCAGAUGCAGGUGGGGACCUGCGGAAGGAGCCUAUGAAUAUCUAUAACCUGAAUGCAAUAAUUAGAGACCAGAUCAAACACCUUCAGAGGGCUGUUGAUCGUUCACUGCAGCUGUCAAGGCAGAGAGCUGCAGCCCGGGAGCUAGCACCUAUGCUUGAUAAGGACAAGGAGUCCUUUAUGGAGGAGAUACUCAAGCUAAAAUCCCUGCUUAGUACCAAGAGAGAACAGAUAGCAACACUCAGGCUGGUGCUGAAGGCCAAUAAACAGACAGCAGAAAACGCCUUGGCUAACCUGAAGAGCAAGUAUGAGAAUGAAAAGGCAAUGGUGACAGAGACCAUGAUGAAGCUGAGGAAUGAGCUGAAGGCUCUGAAAGAAGAUGCCGCUACCUUCUCCUCUCUUAGGGCCAUGUUUGCCACAAGAUGUGAUGAGUAUGUUUCUCAGCUGGACGAGAUGCAGAGGCAGCUUGCGGCUGCAGAGGAUGAGAAGAAGACACUGAACUCCCUCCUCCGAAUGGCUAUCCAACAAAAACUGGCCUUGACCCAACGGCUGGAGGAUCUGGAGUUUGACCACGAGCAGACUCAUCGUGGCCGUGGUGCUAAAGUGCCCAAGAUAAAAAGCAGCCCUCCAAAAUUUCUUGUAGAUUGUCAGCAGCCUGCUGCCUCAGUACCGUCACUCUCCCCACAACUGAGGCGAGGGAGAGCCUCCCUAGCCCGCAGUCAUAAAUUUGCGGUAGACCUCCAAGAACACCAAGCAGUCUUGUCCAGCAGCCGCAGUCUUCUCUCCCCCUGCGACCCACGUAACUGCUUGGCCCACCAACCCCACCCUCCUGGCACCUAAACUCCCAGCUCCAGCCCAGACCCCAGCCUCGAUCUGGUAGGAGUCAUGCUGAGGCAGAGACGCCCCGGAUGAGGGUUUCCUCUCCCUUCAAACCCAGCAGUCCAACCCAGUACUCACUGGGGUCUGUCACCUCCCCAAGCACUAUAUAGCCCGGCUCUGGCAGGCCUCCUGGUUACCUGGGUCGUAGAAGAGGAGCAGGACGCUCUCCCCUUCUCUGGAAAUGACGUCUUCCUGUCAUGGAAACAGAAAACAGAGGACCGAACUGAGGCGGAAGUUCCUGAGCUGGAAUCUUUCCCCUAAUUCAAACUCUUAUUUAUUAGCAGUUUAUCUACUCUAAUAAUAAUUAUUUAUUUAUUAGUUUUAUUAUUACUUGUUUGUUUUUGUGUUUCAUUUUCACUUUUUAUCAUUCUGCAAGAUGGAAAUCAAGACUUGUUUUCCUGCUGUGGUGAAGAAAUGAUCACAGACAGUUUAGCACAUUUACAACGUGGCUGAAUUUGCUUUAUGUCUCAAAAAAGUAAAAAAGCAGAACCUCUUCAUUUGCGUUAUUUUAAAAACUUGCUUAACCGUCGUAUAAAGCAUUAAAAAAUAGAACUUGUCAGUAUAAAAAUCCAAAAAUUCACCAUUUAUGCCAUUUUUACAUUGAAGUGUUGGACUACAUUGAGUUUGGCAACAAACUAAUUAAUUUAAACUUUUUUUACUUUUUUGUGGUGGUGAUUGGUGGGUUUUCAACUUUCUUUCAUUAGUCUUCAUUGAUAUUCUUUUUUACUCAGAAUUUUUCUGUGCAUAAAGACUUUUAUACCACUUUUUGUUUAUUUAAUUUAUUUUACAGACGUGUUUGUGUCUGUUAAAUAGCUCAGAUUUCAGAUUGAGACGAGGUUGUGUGUUUGAGAUCAGGACUAGAGCUGUUGGCCUUGGGGUUUUUUUUUUUUUUUUUUUUGUUUGUUUGUUUUUUCCUGUUUUGCCUUUUGAAUUGCACAAGUUUAAGUGACCACAGAAUAACCUGACCUCCUUUUUAACAGCAUUGAUGAAACAGAGGAUUUCCUUUAGGUGUGCUCUUUUGUUGAAUUACUGUUGCUGCCACACAAAUAUUGAAUUUACAACAUAAAGUUUUUUCUUUCUGUCACUAUAUUGAGCAAAACCCCAGAAACAAAAACAUUAUCAUGAUUAAUUUCCCUUACCAUGACAUGAAAAGAAAUGUCAUUCAAGCUAACAUUUAUUUGUAGUCACAUCUUCUUAAGUUGUCUUCAUGUGCUUCCUCCAAACAGAAUGUAGGAUUGUACAAGCACAAUUAUGCACUAUGCAUUCAAGCAAUACAGUAGCAGUCACAGCUGAUCUGAUGAUAAUUACACCAACCUUUUAGCCAUUUCUGUCAUCAUGAAAUAACCAGGUGGCCGUCAAGAAAAAAAAAGAAGGUUCCCCAAACUUUGGAGAUAAAAGAGGGCCACAGUUUUAACCCUUCCCUCAGUGAGCUGUUGUUUCUUUUAGAAGCACAGAUGGAUGAGUUGUGACAUUUGCUGCAUCACUGAAAUCCCAUCUUCCCAUUCCUUCCUUAAACACUCAUAAUUCUGAUGGUAAAUGUUUCCUCAGUGCACUGAUACUUUUGCCACAAGGAUAAGAAACCUUAAAUCACAAAGCCAGUUUUAAUGUUGUCAUGAUAGCAUUUCUGUGACAAUAGUGGAUUGACUUCUUGUUCUCUGUGUGCGCACUUGGUGGAUUUGUCUUGUAGAUUAUUACUUUUGCAACUACACAGUGAUGAAAACGUUUGUAGUCCAAAAGUAGCCUCUGAAUCCGUUCAGGUUCAUUAACCUUCUUAGUUUGUUUGCACAACAUAGGUGUGGAUGGAAGAGAGUAAUGACUGAAAAAGUAGUGAAAAUGAUUUCAAAAGUAAAUUACAGUGGGUUUUACAGUUUCUCCGCCAGUUAAAACUGUGUUAAACUGGUUUCAUGAACAAAUAAAAGAAAAAAUGCCCCUGUGUCUGUUUUUUGUUCUGUUUGAAGCUGCUCAAAAGAUUUGACAAUAAUCUUAAUAAUCUUAAUAUUUAUUUAAGGAAUGAGGUACAAAUGGUGCACAAGAGAAGCCAGUAAUCCAAAAAAAUAAAAAUAAAAAG